AUGAAAGAAGAAAAAUCAUUUCAAUUCAUAGACAAGUUCACUACAACAUGGAUAACUGUUGCAGAUGGUAGCGGUACCUAUUUAAAUCACAUUGAAUUUACAUUCUACUACUCGAAUGAUAAGAUUGUAGAUGUUAAAUAUAAAUUAGAUUAUAAUGAUGAAGAAAUACAUCGUGGAAAAAAACCAGAACAUUUCUAUUUAAUAUAUAAAUGGCAACAGGUCAGAGAUAAAGACUAUACUAUGAGUCUAUUUGUAUUGUUCUUCACCGGUAUUGCACUCGGUGGUUUUGUAUUUACAUACAAUGCCUUUAGAUUCCAAUUAGAAUUUGGUUCAACGACAGCAACAAAGAAGAGAAAAGAAGAAUUACCAUCAUACGUUGGAUAUAAUACAAAUAACGAUUGGAAGACAUACUCUGAUAUUAAUAAUAACAGCAAUAACAAUAAUACCAAUUUUAACAAAAACAAUGAAGCUUUUAAAAGUCCAAGAAGUAAUGAUGCAUAUGAUAUUUCCAAUAGUAAUAAUAGUAUUCCAACGAUGACUGUCAAUCAAAACAUUAAUAGUAACAUGGAAAGUGGAGGUAAUUUCGGUUUCGAAGCUGUCGAUGAUUCAGAGCUUGUAAAUUUCGAUCAUUCUCCUAAUCUACCUUCAUCAUCACCAACUACGACGCCAACUUCUCCACAACACAAUAAAUUUAAUAUAAACAAAAAUUCAUAUCCAGAUAAUGAUAAAGAUAAAUAA